AUGAGGAAAGAAGUUUGCACCACGGCUUUCCUCCGAGCUGUCUUUUCUGAGUUCUUAGGGACCGCACUUUUUGUCUUCUUCGGUUUGGGUUCAGCCCUUAAGUGGCCUUCCGCCUUGCCGAGCGUCCUCCAGAUCGCCCUGGCUUUCGGCUUGGCCAUCGCCACCAUGGUACAGAUAUUCGGCCACAUCAGCGGUGGCCACAUCAACCCGGCCGUGUCCAUCGCCUUCUUUGUAGGGAACCAGAUCUCUUUCCUCCGGAUGCUGUUCUACAUCGUGGCCCAGCUGGUGGGGGGCAUUGCCGGCGCAGGCGUCCUUUACGGAGUGACCCCCGCGAAUGUGCGUGGCAACUUGGCAGCCAACGGGCUCAGCAACAACACGACCGCAGGCCAGGCAGUGGUGGUAGAGAUGAUCCUCACCUUCGAGCUCGUCCUGUGCGUUUUCGCCUCUACCGACAGCCGUCGAAACGACAAUGUGGGCUCUCCAUCUCUGUCCAUUGGACUGUCCGUCACCUUGGGUCACCUGGUGGGGAUCUAUUUUACUGGCUGCUCUAUGAAUCCUGCCAGGUCCUUUGGGCCUGCUGUUGUCAUGAAAAGAUUCACCUCUGCACAUUGGGUCUUCUGGGUAGGACCCAUCGCUGGAGGGAUCCUGGCCUCUCUGCUUUACAACUACUUUCUCGUACCCCAUUCGAUGAAUAUGUCCGAGCGGGUAGCGAUUGUGAAAGGUACCUACGAGUCAGAAGAAGAAUGGGAAGAGAAAGAAAAAAGCAUGGAAAUGUCCUCCCCAUGA